UCGAUUAGUAAUCGAUAAAUAUCUUAUUGUCUUGCACGUUGAGGCGUCAAAAUGCCCGAUUUUACUAUCUUGUUUUGAAAUUCGUGGAAGACUGAAGCUCUGAUUCUUGCAGCUAACAUGGAUCAAAUAUUACUAAACCUGACGUCAAACCUGGAUGAUAUUUCGGAAGAGUUUACGGCUGAGUCCAACUCGAUAACCGAUUGGUUUGAGAUGCUGGACUAUCAGUGCCGUGGAAACUGUGGCAAAAAUAUAAAAUGCAUAUUACAGCAAGCGGCUAAUACAAUUAGAUUGAAAGAUCGCCAAAUCGAUAAUUAUGUCAAUACAGUCAAAAUGAAAGAUCGCCAAAUCGAUAGUCUUAUCACUUUGGCUUUAAAGAAAAGUCCUGAUUUGACAAAUAUCAUAGAACCGUCAACCAUCACAAUAUCAAACUACCAAGAUCAACUCAAGAACGCCAAUGAAAAAAUAAAGAGCCUUGAAAUGCAGAUUCAACAAAAUUGUCUUAUUGAAGUCGAGGAAAUGGAUGAGAUUGAUGUGCCCAUUAACAAUUCUGCUAAGAGAAGAAAGGCAAACAGAGAACAAAUAAAAAGGAAGGACGAAGCCUCUAAGCCCCAGAGAAUAUUACAAAAAGAACUUUGGAUACAUCCUUCAGUUCCUACUGCUUUAAUGAUUGAAAAUAAUAUAGCUGGUCCAGGUUGGACUGUCAUUAAUCGUUGGAUAAUGGAUAAUGGUAUAUUAACAGAAGAUAUAUGUCAGUUCUUGCACGUCUACGAACUAACAAAAGAUAACCCACAUGAAUUAUACAUUCACAUGGAACGUAAUGAUGGUAGCUCUUCACAUGCUCACUUUAAUACCUUUGCCCUUAGUGCAUACGAUGAUACAAAGAAGGAUUAUGUCAUCAAAUUAUUGAAUGGUCUUAGAAAGCACUCGAAUAUACUUGUUGGAAAUUUUUGCGGAAAGACUAUUACAGAAUUGUAUGACACUUUCUGUUAUGAUUGCGUUAUGUCUCUUAUAAUGAUAAGAGAGCUUUGAAAGAUGUAUAUUUUUAGAACAAAUAAUGAAAUCUUUUAAUAAUAUAUUCAAUAAGUUGAGCUUAAAACUUCUGUAUUUACAGAUUGACGCUGUAAACUCGUUUUAUGCUUUGUUUGGAUCUAGACUAACAUUAUAUGUUUGAAAACAUUUGCUUGAUAGACGAAAAAACUUAAAAACAUUUUUGUUAAGUUUCAUGUAUUUUAAUCAUAACUUUUACUAAAUGAAGAAAAAAUAUUUUCUUGUGUUUUUAAAUCUAGAUUAACUUUAUAUGUUUGAAAAAAUUUGC